AUGAUUGGCACAUCUACGGCCGAGUACGUCCUCUUGAGGGCUUUCAUCUUGAUUCUUCAAAGUCUAGCCCCGCUCAGCGUCAUCUACUGGAUUCUUCGCGUUUUCCACGUAUCCUCAGCGCUUCGACUGCCACCGUUCCUGGAGCGUUGGGCUUUGGAAGAAGCCAUAUUUUGCGUGACCGUCUACGCUCUACAUCGUUUCUACCUCCAGCGUCCCGCCAUUCAUCCUCCUUUAUUGUCUCGAGAGAAGCGCCGCGGGCUCGUGAAGCUGUGCCAUGAGAGCAUUCCUGACCUGGGGAACUACAUGUCAAAAUGGUUUCUAGACGCUCCACUGGAGGAGCUGAGGCGAGAAAAUGUGAAGGAAUUUUAUCGCUGGGCCUUCUUCAGUAGUGCCCAAGAAGACCCAAGCACAGAGGAGGAGGUCAAUGAAUACGUCAACGAUUUUGAAGACCGAAUGGGCCAUAAAUUUAGGCCAGGGCGUGCCAACGUCAAAUGCCUGCGAUUGACAUUUGAGAAGGUGGAUAUGCUACACCGAAGCUUAGCGUGGUAUCUGCUGAUAUUCAUCGUUGACAAUAUUACCUUUCUGUCAUUGCUGUACAAUGGGUUCCAGUACUAUCGUGGUUCAGCGAAAAGGACCUUCGCUGUCUUUCCGCCUCGACCGCAAAAGCUGCUGGCCAAAGGUCGCGCACCUGUGAAGAAUAUUUCUUACUUUUAUCGUCCCCAUACUUCUCGCUCCUGCCGUCCCAUCCUGUUUCUACAUGGCAUCGGCGUGGGCCUUGGACCCUAUGUCAAAUUCUUCACUGAGCUUGGCAAGAACAGCGCUGCCAGCGAAGAUGGACAGAUUGGGAUUCUCGCCUUGGAGAUUCUCCCCAUUUCAUCUCGCAUUACCCUCCCUGUUUUGAGGAAGGAGGAAAUGUGUCGGCAAGUUCGGGCAAUAUUGGAGUAUCAUGGAUUCGAUGAUUGUGUUCUCGCAGCCCACUCUUACGGAUCAGUAAUUGCAACCCACCUCCUCCAAGACCCAAGCGUGUCGGAACGUAUCGCGUCAGUCGUUCUUGUUGACCCUGUCUCGAUAUUAUUGCAUCUCCCGGACGUAGCGUACAAUUUUACUUUUCGCAGGCCUAGAACUCCCACCCAAUGGGUUCUAUGGUUUUUCGGAUCCAUGGACGUUGGAGUCUCUCACACCUUGCAUCGCCACUUUUUCUGGUCGGAGAAUAUCCUCUGGAAAGAAGACCUUGCAGGUCGAAAUGCAUCCAUCUUUCUUUGCGAGCGAGAUUCAAUUGUCAAUACGGCGCAUGUCCGGGGCUAUCUCGAAACUUCUGGCUCGUGCUUAGAAAUUGAUGCCGUCGACGACGGGCUCGUCUCAACGGCAAAGACGACAAAGGCGGAUAAAUGUCUGAGAGAGAACAAUAUCAAACUCUUCUGGUGCACCAAGCUAGAGCAUGGUGAGGUGUUUGAGACGAAGCUCUGGAGGAGUCUGUUGGUAAAGGAAAUGCUCAAACAUACCAGACGAAAAUCAGAGUCCUCAGCACCUUAA